CUUGGUUCCUUGCUAAAAUACUGUGUUAUAAUUUCCUUGUUACUGUCCAGCCAGACCAAAGACCAGGUCACAGCAGCUGCCAUGCGGCGGCUUAGGGAGAGAGGCCUGACUCUAGACAGCAUCUUGCAAAUGGAUGACAAUACCCCAGGUCAACUCAUCUACCCAAUUGGCUUUUGGAGGAGCAAAGUGCAGUACAUAAAGCAGACAAGCAAGAUCCUGAAGCAGCAAUAUGGGGGCGACAUCCCAGCCACUGUGGCAGAGCUGGUGGCACUUCCUGGCAUUGGACCCAAGAUGGCACACUUAGCCAUGGCCAUUGCCUAGGACAAGGUGUCAGGCACUGCAGUGGACACACAUGUACACAGGAUCAGCAACAGACUGAAAUGGACCAAGAAGGAGACCAAGUACCCUGAGGAAACCAGAGCUGCCCUGGAGGACUGGCUGCCAAGGGAUCUGUGGAAGAAGAUUAACUGGCUGAUGGUUGGCUUUGGCCAGCAGACCUGCCUGCCAGUGAACCCUCGGUGUGGGGACUGCCUCAACCGAGGCUUGUGCCCAGCAGCACAGAGGCCUUGAAGAAGGCUGCAGCAAAGACCCCGGAGGUACAGGGAUCAGAUGGACAGCCAGC